UUGCAUCUAUCAGGCGGGACAGUGUGUGGUCGACAGAGCAGUGCGAUGGACGUGACUACGACGACGACGACGACCACGACGGAAUCGGCUGCGCCCAGCGAAACGGCUGAGGGUGAACUUUCGGCCGUGUUGAACAGGAGGCAACAGAUCAACGAGGCGCUGGAGGACGGCAAGCCGGUGGUGCCGCAGUUUCUCCGGCGCGUCGGCUCCAAAAACGUGUUCCUCGAGUUCAAGGAGUUCUCCCGCAAACAGAUCAACGAGUACGAGACCACGUUCAAAAAAUUUGACAUCGGCAAAGAUGGAUUCUUGGACUUGGAAGAAUUGAAGCGAAUGAUGGAGAAAUUGGGUGUACCACAAACACAUUUAGCGUUGAAAACUAUGAUCAAAGAAGUCGAUGAAGACGGGGAUGACAAAAUCAGUUUCAGAGAAUUUUUGCUUAUUUACCGCAAGGCUUAUGAUGGUUCUUUACCAGCAGACUGUGGUCUUUGCGAAUUGGCCAGACUCACCGAAAUCAAUGUGGACGAAGUCGGUGUUAUUGGUGCCAAAGAGUUCUUCGAAGCUAAAAUUGAAUACCAAGGUCUUGCGAAUCGUUUUGAGUACGAGUUGAGACAAGAGAUGGAAGAGAAAAAAAGGUUAGAGGACGAAAAGUCUCGGAGGAAAAUCGCAUUCAAAGAGAAGACUGCUAUUUUUCAGUAAAAUCUGGGUUCAGGAAAAAGAAAACCUUACCCACAAGAUUAUCCUAUUUCAAAUUAAUCACAUCCCGACGUCGUAGUCUGUGUAUCAUUAAAAAACAUUAUGUUUAACUUUAUAGUAAAUAUAAUUUUAAAAUACUAAUUUAUUAUAAUUAAAAAAAAAAUAUUAUUACCUAUAUAUACUAUAUUCGGUUUUCGAACUAAUUGUGUUUAGAAAAUGUGUGUUUUGAUUUGUAAUAUUUUUGUUUUUUAUUAUUAUUAUAUUAUAAUUUUUAUAACUUUGUUUUGCGUUGUAUAUUUAACUUGAUUUAUAUUUGUCUAUUAUUGAACUUGAAUAAAAUGUAAUAUAAUGUA